AUGAGCAGUGGCCCCCUUCUUUCCCAGCUGCAGCAGCCCAGCGGGUUAGAUGAAUGUGGGGAGGGGGGAAGAGUGACCCUGGCAGAACCCUUUGUUCCAGCUGAGGCUGGAGCAGGGGCACUGAGCCAUUCACACGCCAUCCCAGGGCAUCCUGCUGGGCACGCUGGGGAGGGGGCACAGCAGCCGGUCAUGGGACUUGGCCAGGCAGAUAGCUUGAUGCUCAAUAGGGAAGGCCAGCUGCGUGCUGCUGAGGAUGGGGGAGGGGCUGCUUCUGCCAUCCUUCCUCUAGGCUGUAGCCUGUCCCACAGAUGGGAAGGCUCUGACUGCUCCCCUCCCCCUGGAGCCCCACUUCUUCUGGUCACCCUCCUUAAAGCCCUCAUUGGUUCCUCUCCCCUCUGCACAGGGCUAGCCAGCAGCCCCGAGUGUGCUUGUGGUCGGAGCCACUUCACAUGUGCGGUGAGUGCCCUCGGCGAGUGUACCUGCAUCCCCGCCCAGUGGCAGUGUGAUGGAGACAACGACUGUGGGGACCACAGCGAUGAGGAUGGAUGUAUGCUGCCCACCUGUUCCCCUCUUGACUUUCACUGUGACAAUGGCAAGUGCAUCCGCCGCUCCUGGGUGUGUGAUGGGGACAACGACUGUGAAGACGACUCAGAUGAGCAGGACUGUCCCCCCCGGGAGUGUGAGGAGGAUGAGUUCCCCUGCCAGAACGGCUACUGCAUCCGGAGCCUGUGGCACUGUGAUGGUGACAACGACUGUGGGGACAACAGUGAUGAGCAGUGUGACAUGCGCAAGUGCUCUGACAAGGAAUUCCGCUGCAGUGACGGAAGCUGCAUCGCUGAGCACUGGUACUGCGAUGGUGACACCGACUGCAAAGAUGGCUCUGACGAGGAGAGCUGUCCCUCAGCAGUGCCAGCGCCUCCCUGCAACCUGGAGGAGUUCCAGUGUGCUUACGGCCGCUGCAUCCUCGAUAUCUACCACUGUGAUGGUGAUGAUGACUGCGGGGACUGGUCUGACGAGGCCGACUGCUCCUCCCACCAGCCCUGCCGCUCUGGGGAGUUCAUGUGUGACAGUGGCCUGUGCAUCAACGCGGGCUGGCGCUGUGAUGGCGACGCGGACUGUGACGACCAGUCUGAUGAGCGCAACUGCACCACCUCCAUGUGUACCGCGGAACAGUUCCGCUGUCGGUCAGGUCGCUGCGUCCGCCUGUCCUGGCGCUGUGAUGGGGAGGAUGACUGUGCAGACAACAGUGAUGAAGAGGACUGUGAGAACACAGGAAGCCCCCAGUGUGCCUCAGACCAGUUCCUGUGCUGGAACGGGCGCUGCAUCGGGCAGAGGAAGCUGUGCAAUGGGGUCAACGACUGUGGUGACAACAGUGACGAAGGCCCACAGCAGAACUGCCGGCCCCGGACGGGUGAGGAGAACUGCAAUGUUAACAACGGUGGCUGCGCCCAGAAGUGCCAGAUGGUGCGGGGGGCAGUGCAGUGUACCUGCCACACAGGCUACCGGCUUACCGAGGAUGGGCACAUGUGCCAGGAUGUGAAUGAAUGUGCGGAGGAGGGGUAUUGCAGCCAGGGCUGCACCAACAGCGAAGGGGCCUUCCAGUGCUGGUGUGAAGCAGGCUACGAGCUCCGGCCCGACCGGCGCAGCUGCAAGGCUCUGGGGCCGGAGCCUGUGCUGCUGUUCGCCAAUCGCAUCGACAUCCGGCAGGUGCUGCCGCACCGCUCCGAGUACACAUUGCUGCUCAACAACCUGGAGAAUGCCAUUGCCCUUGAUUUCCACCACCGACGCGAGCUUGUCUUCUGGUCAGACGUCACCCUGGACCGGAUCCUCCGUGCCAACCUCAAUGGCAGCAACGUGGAGGAGGUUGUGUCUACAGGGCUCGAGAGCCCAGGGGGUCUGGCUGUGGAUUGGGUCCAUGACAAACUCUACUGGACCGACUCAGGAACAUCAAGGAUUGAGGUGGCGAACCUGGACGGAGCCCAUCGGAAGGUGCUGCUGUGGCAAAACCUUGAGAAGCCCCGGGCUAUUGCCUUGCACCCCAUGGAGGGUACCAUUUACUGGACAGACUGGGGCAACACCCCCCGCAUCGAGGCCUCCAGCAUGGAUGGCUCUGGACGCCGCAUCAUUGCCGACACUCAUCUCUUCUGGCCCAAUGGCCUCACCAUUGACUAUGCCGGGCAUCGUAUGUACUGGGUGGAUGCUAAGCACCAUGUCAUCGAGAGGGCCAAUCUGGACGGGAGUCAUCGCAAGGCUGUCAUUAGCCAGGGCCUCCCCCACCCCUUUGCCAUCACCGUGUUUGAAGACAGCCUGUACUGGACAGACUGGCACACCAAGAGCAUCAACAGUGCUAACAAGUUUACUGGGAAGAACCAGGAGAUUAUUCGCAACAAACUCCAUUUCCCCAUGGACAUCCACACCUUGCACCCCCAGCGCCAGCCUGCAGGGAAAAACCGCUGUGGGGACAACAAUGGAGGCUGCACUCAUCUGUGUCUGCCCAGUGGCCAGAACUAUACUUGUGCCUGUCCCACUGGCUUCCGCAAGAUCAGCAGCCACGCCUGUGCCCAGAGUCUUGACAAGUUCCUGCUUUUUGCCCGAAGGAUGGACAUCCGUCGGAUCAGCUUCGACACAGAGGACCUGUCCGACGAUGUCAUCCCACUGGCUGACGUGCGCAGUGCUGUGGCCCUUGACUGGGACUCCCGGGAUGACCACGUGUACUGGACAGAUGUCAGCACUGACACCAUCAGCAGGGCCAAGUGGGAUGGAACAGGACAGGAGGUGGUGGUAGAUACCAGUCUGGAGAGCCCAGCAGGCCUGGCCAUUGAUUGGGUCACCAACAAGCUAUACUGGACAGAUGCAGGUACAGACCGGAUUGAAGUGGCCAACACAGAUGGCAGCAUGAGGACAGUUCUCAUCUGGGAGAACCUUGAUCGUCCCCGGGAUAUCGUGGUGGAACCCAUGGGCGGGUACAUGUAUUGGACUGACUGGGGUGCAAGCCCCAAGAUUGAACGAGCUGGCAUGGAUGCCUCGGGCCGCCAGGUCAUCAUCUCUUCCAAUCUGACCUGGCCUAACGGAUUAGCCAUUGACUACGGGUCCCAGCGGCUUUACUGGGCAGAUGCCGGCAUGAAGACCAUUGAAUUUGCUGGUCUGGAUGGCAGCAAGAGGAAGGUGCUGAUUGGAAGCCAGCUCCCCCACCCCUUUGGGCUGACCCUGUAUGGAGAUCGCAUCUAUUGGACUGACUGGCAGACCAAGAGUAUACAGAGUGCCGACCGGCUGACAGGACUGGACCGGGAGACCCUGCAGGAGAACUUGGAGAACCUUAUGGACAUCCAUGUUUUCCACCGCCGGCGGCCCCCAGUGUCCACGCCAUGUGCUAUGGAAAAUGGUGGCUGUAGUCAUCUGUGUCUUCGGUCCCCAAAUCCAAGUGGCUUCAGCUGUACCUGCCCCACGGGCAUCAACCUGAUGCCCGAUGGCAAGACCUGCUCACCGGGCAUGAACAGUUUCCUCAUCUUCGCCAGGAGAGUAGACAUACGCAUGGUCUCUUUGGACAUCCCUUAUUUUGCCGAUGUGGUGGUACCUAUCAACAUUACCAUGAAGAACACCAUUGCCAUUGGAGUGGAUCCCCAGGAAGGAAAGGUGUACUGGUCAGACAGUACACUGCACAGCAUCAGCCGUGCCGAUCUGGAAGGCUCACAGCAUGAGGACAUCAUCACCACAGGGCUGCAAACCACAGAUGGGCUCGCAGUGGAUGCCAUUGGCCGGAAAGUGUACUGGACAGACACGGGAACCAACCGGAUUGAAGUGGGCAACUUGGAUGGGUCCAUGAGGAAAGUGCUGGUGUGGCAGAACCUUGACAGCCCCCGGGCCAUUGUGCUGUACCACGAGAUGGGGUUCAUGUACUGGACAGACUGGGGGGAGAAUGCCAAGCUAGAACGGUCUGGAAUGGAUGGCUCAGACCGGACUGUGCUCAUCAGCAACAACCUAGGCUGGCCCAAUGGGCUGACCGUGGACAAGGCCAGUUCCCAACUGCUCUGGGCUGAUGCCCACACUGAGCGAAUUGAGGCCGCUGACCUGAACGGCGCCAGUCGGCACACGCUGGUAUCUCCCGUGCAGCACCCAUAUGGCCUCACCCUGCUUGGCUCCUAUAUCUACUGGACUGACUGGCAGACCCGUAGCAUCCACCGUGCCGACAAGGGUACUGGCAGCAAUGUCAUCCUGGUGAGGUCCAACCUGCCGGGCCUCAUGGACAUCCAGGCCGUAGACCGGGCACAGCCACUGGGUUUUAACAAAUGCGGCUCUAGAAAUGGCGGCUGCUCCCACCUCUGCUUGCCUCGGCCCUCGGGGUUCUCCUGUGCCUGCCCCACUGGCAUCCAGCUGAAGGGAGAUGGGAAGACGUGUGAUCCCUCUCCCGAGACCUACCUACUCUUCUCCAGCCGCGGCUCCAUCCGGCGUAUCUCGCUGGACACCAGCGACCACACAGAUGUGCACGUCCCCGUCCCUGAGCUCAACAAUGUCAUCUCCCUGGACUAUGACAGUGUGGAUGGAAAGGUCUAUUACACAGAUGUAUUCCUGGAUGUUAUCAGGCGAGCAGAUCUGAAUGGCAGCAACAUGGAGACAGUGAUCGGGCGUGGCCUGAAGACCACCGACGGGCUGGCAGUAGACUGGGUGGCCAGGAAUCUGUACUGGACAGAUACGGGCCGAAAUACCAUUGAGGCAUCAAGGCUAGAUGGUUCCUGCCGCAAAGUGCUGAUCAACAAUAGCCUGGAUGAGCCUCGGGCCAUUGCCGUUUUCCCCAGGAAAGGGUACCUCUUCUGGACAGACUGGGGCCACAUUGCCAAGAUUGAGCGGGCAAACUUGGACGGCUCUGAGCGGAAGGUCCUCAUCAACACAGACCUGGGCUGGCCCAAUGGCCUUACCCUGGACUAUGAUACCCGCAGGAUCUAUUGGGUGGACGCCCAUCUGGACCGGAUUGAGAGCUCUGACCUCAAUGGGAAGCUACGGCAGGUGUUAGUCAGCCACGUGUCCCACCCCUUUGCUCUCACUCAGCAGGACAGGUGGAUCUACUGGACAGACUGGCAGACCAAGUCAAUCCAGCGUGUCGACAAGUACUCAGGCCGGAGCAAGGAGACGGUGUUGGCGAAUGUGGAAGGGCUCAUGGAUAUCAUUGUGGUUUCUCCUCAGCGGCAGACAGGGACCAAUGCCUGUGGUGUGAAUAAUGGAGGCUGCACCCACCUCUGCUUUGCCAGAGCCUCUGACUUCGUGUGUGCCUGUCCUGACGAGCCCGAUGGCCGGCCCUGCUCCCUUGUACCUGGUCUAGUGCCCCCAGCUCCCAGGGCUACCAGCAUAAGUGAAAGGAGCCCUGUGCUACCCAACACACUUCCUACCACCUUGCGUUCCUCAACCACCCGGACCCACACAUCUCUGGAGGAGGUGGAAGGAAGAUGCUCUGAAAAGGAUGCUCGGCUGGGCCUCUGUGCACAUUCCAAUGAGGCCAUACCUGCUGUUCCAGGGGAAGGACUUCAUGUCAGCUACGUCAUCGGUGGACUCCUCAGCAUUCUGCUGAUUUUGGUGGCAAUUGCAGCUUUGAUGCUGUACAGACACAAAAAAUCCAAGUUAACUGACCCGGGAAUGGGAAACCUGACCUACAGCAACCCUUCCUACCGAACUUCCACGCAAGAAGUGAAAAUUGAAGCAAUCCCGAAACCAGCCAUGUACAAUCAACUGUGCUAUAAGAAAGAGGGCGGGCCUGACCAUAACUACACCAAGGAGAAGAUCAAGAUUGUAGAGGGAAUCUGCCUGCUGUCUGGGGACGAUGCUGAGUGGGACGACCUCAAGCAACUCCGCAGCUCACGGGGGGGCCUUUUGCGGGAUCAUGUGUGCAUGAAGACAGACACAGUGUCCAUCCAGGCCAGCUCUGGCUCCCUGGAUGACACGGAGACAGAGCAGCUGCUGCAGGAAGAGCAGUCUGAGUGCAGCAGUGUCCAUACCGCAGCCACUCCUGAAAGACGGGGCUCUCUGCCAGACACGGGCUGGAAACAUGAACGCAAGCUCUCCUCAGAGAGCCAGGUCUAAACACCGUCGUUCCCUUCCCUCCCUGCCUGUUCCCUCUCCUUCAUGGACUUCCGGUCCUUGUGCUCACUUAUACAACAGGCCCCCUUCCUAUGUGCUCGUCCUUCUCCUCCACCUCCCACCCCAUAACCGCUCCCGGGUCCUCCGCGGGAGCUGUUUCCACCUGAGUCCGUAACUACCUGUGCACAAGAAAUGAUGGUGCAUCCCGAAAAUUUAGACCUGGAUUUUACUGCCAACUUCACCUCUUGCACCCCAUCCUGAGCCCCCAAAACUAGGCUCAGUAAUGAUUCCUCCUCAGUACAGAGCUUUUCCCUGGUACCCUGCCUCACAAGAACUGAUGAUCCAAGACUUCCCUCUCUCCCGUCAGAACCAGCCUGGCCGCUUCUCUAAGAGAACUUGCCCAUCAGGGGCUGGGGCAGGGGUCAAGGGUAAAGAGAGAGAUGAAGGAUAGAGGCUGAGAGAGGAAGGAGGAGUGAGCCCAGCUGGUAUGGGCAUCUGGGAAGCCUCCAGCCUCAAGUGCAUUGGUAACAUGAGAAAGCUUUUAGGGUGGUUGGGCCGCGUGUCCUGUCCAUUGCUGGCAAUGGAUAUUAUUCUUGCCCUAAGAGCUGCUGUUGUUGUUUUUUUUUUUUUUUUUUUUCAGCUGCCGAUAUUGGUGAGAUCUGGGUGUGGCUCAAUCUGUUCUUCCUCCUGCUAGUUUGUCUGGAAGCUUUUCUACCUUCCGAUGACAGGGCCUUUACCGCAUGGCAGCAGCUAAUAUGAAUUCCCCCGCUGGUGCCACUGCUGGCCAGUACCCCUCCUAUGUCUUUGACUCUAAGUCACCAGGUUGUGAGCAGGGGCUUGAGGAAUGUGGGGCCCCGAGGGCUAAGUCUUUGCAACAUCUUACCAGCGCUGUCUAGACCCAAAGCCGCAUAUCACCUGGACCUUCAUGUUCUGCCACCCUCUCCCCGCUCAUUCUCUGGGAUUCUGAGCAUAGAGACCGUGAAACAACUUUUCAAAGAAAUGGCCAAAAGUCUUCAUAAAUGGUCAGGAAGAGAGAUUGGGUUAUAGACUUGGGGCACCCAGGGCCUAACAGGAAGUAUCCAUGAGGUUGAACCUCCCGUGUUGUCUCUCAAGUGCUCAGGGAUCAAAGUUAGUGGACAGAGAACCUGUGGCUGUGGGGUGGUGAAGUUCCCAUUCCAACUCUUUUCCCGGCUAAGUGACUGACUUUCCAUGCUGUGAUGCCAUCACUUGGUUCGUGCCCAUUCACACAAAGAGCGUGUGUCUCGUGCUAGUAUCAGGGGAGUCGAGACCUUUUUCUCAGCCCUAAACCUUCUACAUAGCCCCCUCCUUCCCCCCACCCCCCACCCCAAGUUGCUUUUUCUGACUUAGCCUUGUGGUGGUGAGGAGGGCUAAAUCAAGACACAAAAGUAGGGGGCAGGAUGUAGAAAGGUAGAACCACUGAUGAAGCGCUCUCAGCCUGGAGCAGAUCCAGACCUCCUCCACCCAGGAACAAGAAGCAAUAGGAGAGGACAAUGGGCUGAGAAGAGAGGCGAGGGCUUGUAGGGGAAGUUUCCUGAUUUGAAACCUCUCCUGUGGUUCUUGGUAUUGAGAAAUCAGCUGCCAAACAUGUGAGUAAAAAAAAAAAAAAAAAAAAAAAAAAAAAA